GCCCUUGGAGGCGGCGAGGGCGCCUCCCGCGGAAGGGAGCGCGGCGAGGCGGAGGCGGCCAUGGCGGCGGCCUCGGGCUCGGUGUGGUGCUGCCUGCGCUGGGCCUGCUGCGGGGAAGGCGGCGGGGGGCACAUCCCGCUGAAGGAGAUGCUGGCCGUGCAGCUGGACACGCAGAAAAUGGGCACUGAUGUUGUCAUUGUCAAAAACGGACGAAGGGUUUGUGGAACGGGAGGCUGCUUAGCCAAUGCGCCUCUGCAUCAAAACAAGAGCUAUUUUGAGUUUAAAAUCCAGUCUACAGGAAUCUGGGGUGUUGGAGUUGCGACUCAGAAAGUUCACUUGAAUCAAAUUCCUCUUGGGCGUGAUACGAAUAGUCUGGUAUUGAGGAAUGAUGGAGCUCUUUACUACAACAACGACGAAAAGAACCGGUUGCCUGCCAACAGCCUUCCGCAGGAAGGUGAUGUAGUGGGCAUUACGUAUGACCACGUAGAACUGAAUGUUUACCUAAACGGGAAAAAUAUGCACUGUCCAGCCUCAGGAAUCAGAGGAACCGUAUUCCCUGUGGUAUAUGUGGAUGACAGCGCCAUUUUGGAUUGUCAGUUCAGUGACUUUUACCAUUCGCCUCCAACAGGGUUUGAAAAGAUACUCUUUGAACAACAGAUUUUCUGAAGGUUCCCAUUCAGUUUCCCGCACUUGUUAUGAAACCUGUUCUCUGUUUCCAGAACAUACCUGCAUUGAGUAAUUCUAAUUGUUUGAAAAAAUACCCGAGAAUUGUGUUGCAAAUGCUAGACCUGAUAUUGUUUUUGUGAUGUUGACUAUAUUUGUAUUUCAUGUUACGGAUACGGCUGACAGUAUUCACUGACCCUGAAGCUCUAAUGUCGCUGUACAGUAAACAGUUCUUCAUAUCAUUUUGUUUCCACAAAACUAUAGGGACGUAUGUUUGUCCCAUCAUGUUUCUAGUAUCUUUCUUAUUCUCCAUUCGUACAUAGUUCAAGAAGCUACUCCAAGGCUUUAUGGGUUACCGGUGUCUUGUACAGAGCUGCUCAUAGUUGCAAUGUAGGCAGCUGUGAUUCGAGUUAUUUUUUUAACUGUUGAGAUUCCUAUUUAAUUUAAUUCUGAGAGUUCUUUCGUUAAAAUUAGGGCAACUUUCUCAAUGUAAAAAAAAGCCAGCCCACGCCCUAGCUGAAGGUUAUCUUGCUACGUUCUGCUGGCAAAAAUAAAAAUUGGUGGAUAAGC